AUGGACCUGUUCUCCGCCGCCUGCGAGAAUUUCGGUCUAGCCAUCAACACGCAGAAGACGGUGGUGAUGCAUCAACCGCCACCCCACUCAGUCACAAUCCCCAACGCGCCGCCGCAAAUGAGCGUGAAUGGGAUCCAAUUGCAGUACCCUCUCCGACUGAACCAUUUCCACCUCAGUUGUCUCCGUCGCAUCCUGAGGCUGAACUGGCAUGAUCGAAUCCCCGACACGAAAGUACUGGAACGAACGGGAAUCCUCAGCAUCUACGCCAUACUGAGACAAAUGCAGCUGCGCUGGAGCGGCCACCUGGUGUGCAUGGACGACGAGCGACUACCCAAACGACUCUUCUACGGAGACGUCGCGACGGGUUCUCGUCGUCAAGGAGGCCAAAUUCGCCGUUACAAGGAUACUCUGAAGUCCUCCCUGAAGCGCCUGCAAAUCAACCCGACCAACUGGGAAGACCUCGCCCGCGAUCGUCCGACAUGGAGGAGAACAGUGAAGACGGGCGCUGCUAUCCACGAAGCCAACCGCAUCGCUGCCGCAUCGCGAAGCCCGCAAAUCCCAACUGCACCCAGUACGUAA